AUGGAAAACAUUGAAAAGCAUAUAGUGAUUCAAGCCGACACGCUUGAAAAGGUGAAAAAGGCGUACGUUAACUACAAAAAAUCGCCUAAGGAGAGAUUGACGGCUGGUUAUAUGAAGGGAAGAAUAGAUACACUGGAGUUGUACUGGAAAGAGUUUAAAGUCUUACAUGAAAUGUUAAUUUUGUCGAUUCCUAUGGAACAGCGUCAAGCUACAAAUUAUUUCGCCGACAACAUGUUUGAGGAAUUUGAAGAAGCGUAUUACGCAUACAAAGGCGAAAUGAUGUCUAAGUUAGAUUGUAUGGUGCCGACAAAAACACUGGUGCAUGUCACAGCGGAGUCGGGGCAGUCACACGUGCUUCGGGCUCUCGUGGACCAGGGUUCAGAGGAGUCCUUCGCGACUGCAAGGGCGGUCGAGUUGCUGGGUUUGAAGAAAACUAAAAUCAGCGGAGUGAUCUCUGGUGUUGAGGAGUGUGAGACGACUAUCAAACAUAGGGUAACAUUACGCAUUCAAUCAAGCACAUUACAAGUCUACAGGUUACAAGACAAAUUGAAGAAGAUAAUAAAAAGGUUUUGGGAGGUAGAAUCUGAACUAUACACGAAGCAGAGCAUGUGGACGAAAGAGGAAGAAAAGUGCGAGGAAAUAUAUCAGCAAACAACAACGAGGGACGAGACAGGGAGGUACGUAGUACAGCUUCCUUUAAAGACAACUUUUGAAGACACUGUAAGAUCGUGUGGAAAUACAAAGCAUCAGGCAGUAAUCAGAUUAGAGCAGCUGGAAAGAAAGUUCGCCCGAAACGAGCAUCUGAAAGCAGAAUACACCAGAGUUAUACACGAGUACUUACAGUUAGGCCAUAUGAAGAAGGUCGACGCAGAAGAUGAAGGUCAUGAAAAUCUCGACGAAAUGAAAGCAACCUGUAAAGAAAUAAAUGCAUUAUUAAAGGCAGGUGGUUUCGAGAUGCAAAAGUGGUCUAGUAACUCUGAAGAACUCCUGAAGGACUUGGUUGAUGGCACGAACACUCCGGAACCUGUAAAAGACAAAAAAGAGAUUAAAUUAGAUAAAAUAAUAAAAAUACUGGGACUCACCUGGGAUAGGAAGGAUGAUACUUUUCACGUUUCAGUUAGCUUACCAGCAAGCAGGAUACCUGUAACAAAGAGAGUGAUUUUAUCUGAUGUUGCUAGCUUGUUUGAUCCUUUUGGAUGGCUCUCACCUGUUGUAAUACCAGCCAAAAUCAUGAUCCAAAAAUUAUGGCUUUGUCAUUGUGGUUGGGAUGAUGAGUUAUCUUCAGAGUUGGUUGACGAAUGGAUGAGCUUCAGAGACGAAUUGCACGAGCUACAAACUGUUAAGAUUCCAAGAUGGAUCAAGAUGUCAUCUCACUGCAAAGAAGUAUAUCUGCACGGGUUCUCUGAUGCCUCAACACUUGCACUUGCAGCUGUUGUGUAUGCAAGAGUUAUCGACGAGCACGAAGUUGUUCAUGUCACGAUGUUAGCCUCUAAAACAAAAGUAGCCCCCCUGAAGCAAUUGACGGUCCCGAAGCUUGAACUUUGUGCUGCGGUGAUAUUAGCAAAGCUGCUGCAUGAAAUUUCAAGGUUAUUGAACAUACCUAUGCACAAAAUCUACGCUUGGACAGACUCGAUGGUAGUGCUUUCAUGGUUGCAGUCCCCACCCAGCCGCUGGCAAGUAUUCGUUGGCAACAGAGUGUCAGAAAUUAUCCAGCAUAUAGAUAACGAUAGGUGGAGACACGUUUCGUCGGAAGACAACCCAGCUGAUCUUGCCUCAAGAGGUAUCAGGUCAAGUGAACUAGCAAACAAUGAACUUUGGUGGAGUGGACCCAGAUGGUUAAAGGAGACAAACACUGAGAUGUUAAGGGCCACUACAAUUCCAACAACAGAUUUAGAAAGCAAGAAAUCAUUCCACACUUCAGUACAAGACACACCUAUUUGGGAGAGAUUUUCGUCGAUGGUCAGGAUGAAAAGAGUGAUAGCUCAAUGUAAGAGAUUUUUAGAUUAUAAAAACAGAAGACAUGAUAUCUUGAGCGCUGCUGAAUUAGAUGAAGUUGAAACCUGCUGCGUGAGAUAUUAUCAGAAACUAGUAUAUAGCCAAGAAUUUGAAGACCUGAAAAAGAAAGGAAAGGUUAGAAACAAAAGUUCAUUAAUUAAACUUACCCCGUACGUAGAUGAACACGAUUUACUGCGAGUUGGAGGACGGUUGAGUAAAGCGGAUCUGCCAGAAGACGCUAAACACCCGAUUAUCGUACCAAGCAAGCAACAUGUUGCAAGGUUAAUAAUAGCGGAUGCUCACACCAAAACUUUACAUGGCACAAUCUUGCAGACGAUGACCUACGUUAGAAGUAAGUACUGGGUCAUAGGUCUCAAAUCAUCAGUUAGAGAUUUCACUCGUAAAUGCAUCAUGUGUAUAAAAAACAAUGCACUCACAAGACAGCAGCUAAUGGGUCAGUUACCCACCUCAAGAGUCACUCAGAAUCGCGCCUUUUACCACAGUGGAGUUGAUUUUGCUGGGCCAGUGUAUCUGAGAACGUCAAAGGGUCGAGGUCGUACAUCUGCAAAGGGCUACAUCUGCUUGUUUGUCUGCAUGUGCACAAAAGCAAUCCACUUAGAAGCAGUAACUGAUCUUACAGCUCAAGCAUUCAUCGCGGCGUUCAGGAGGUUCGUCGCACGUAGAGGACAUUGCGCACAAUUAUGGAGUGACAAUGGGACCAAUUUUAUUGGUGCUGAUAAGGAACUAAGAGAUAUAUGGUCUAAGAGCACUAACAGUGUACCUAAAGAGAUAGCUGAACUUCUUGCUAAUGAUGGUACGACGUGGCACUUUGUGCCGCCAAAGUCACCCAACUUUGGAGGCCUGUGGGAAAGUGGAGUACGCUCGGCAAAGCGCCACCUAUUGAGAGUCAACGGAGCUACGAAGUUGACGUAUGAAGAAUUUUCAACUCAGCUAAGCCAGGUUGAAGCGUGUCUAAAUUCAAGGCCACUCUGUCAGCUGGAUGAUACUCUGGACACACAUAACCCCCUCACGCCAGGACACUUUCUUGUAGGUGAAGCUCUGAUUAACAUUCCUGAUAGAAGUUAUGAAACUAAAAGUUUACAUUUGUUAACACGCUGGCAACUCGUACAAAAACAAACGCAAGAUUUCUGGAAAAAAUGGCAGUCAGAUUAUUUAAACACACUUCAGCAAAAACACAAGUGGUACGAUGUAGUAAAAUCACCCUGUAUAGGAGAUGUUGUCAUUAUGAAGGAGCAGGACUUACCACCGGCCAAGUGGCUGCUAGGCAAGAUCACGGCACUGCACGCAGGGCCUGAUAAUUUAGUUCGUGUUGUAACGGUCCAGUGCAAGGGCAAUCACAUUCUAAAGAGACCGUUGUCUAAAUUAAUAUUGUUACCUAAAACUACAGAUUAA